GGUAAAUCCAGCAAUUGAACCAUGUUGAACAGACUUCCCCGAAUACGCAACUUUUCUCGACUUCUCUCUCGAAGUCCUCUCCAUCCUCCUUACUUAAAUAAAGUAGAAGUUUUACCAAGUUUGACGUUAUUCCGUAGAAUACGCACAUACGUUAUGGCAAAUGUAAAGAACGAAGUGAAAACCGCAUUGGUGUUGCUCGCCGAUGGAACGGAGGAAAUGGAGGCUGUGAUAACUAUCGACGUCUUACGACGCGCCGGGAUUGCAGUAACUGCAGCUGGUGUACAGAACAGCAAUUGUAUAAAAUGCAGCCGCGACGUCAAGAUCUGCACAGAUAUUUUAUUUAAUGACGUUCAGGAGAAGAGUUACGACAUUGUUGUUUUGCCUGGCGGUCUCGGUGGAGCUAAAACAUUUACGUCUUCAGAGGAGGUUGGGAAGUUGUUACAAAAGCAGAACAAGGAGAACAAAUUAAUAGCGGCUAUUUGUGCAGCCCCUACAGCUUUAAAAGCACAUAAUAUCAGCAAAGGAAAACGAAUUACCUCUUAUCCAAGUAUGAAAAGAGAUUUGUGUGACUACUAUGACUAUCAGGAUGAUAAGAAUGUGGUGGUUGAUGGCAAUCUCAUAACUAGCCGAGGACCGGGAACGGCUUUUGAUUUCGGCCUAACUAUCGUUGAGAUAUUAAUAAAUCUUAAAGAAGCCACAGAUGUUGCGAAUAAGUUACUAUAUAAAUAUGAAAGCUGUAUAAGCUCUGUGUAAAUUUCUUCUAACACUUUGUAGUUAGGGGCUACGCAUAAUGAAAGGAAUAGGGAACAGCGAAUAAGAAUUUCAACC